AUGGGUAUAAAAUGUGAUGUACUCUCGCUCCAUGUAACAGAGAUCAGGCUCGAGAAUAUGAAUAUCAGUGGGAGAAUUGAUGCAGAUUCUCUCUGCAAGCUUCCAUCCCUACAAUUUCUUAGCUUGGCAAUCAACCAUAUCACUGGUGAUAUUCCAGAGUCAAUGUCAAACUGUCUUGGUCUUACUUAUUUGAAUCUAAGCAGUAAUAUGCUGAAUGGAAAAGUACCUGCAUCUAUGGAAAGCUUGAAGAACCUCAGAAGCUUUGACAUCUCAAACAAUAAUUUAACAGGAUACAUUCCUCAUUUCAAACAGGAAAUUGAGCUUGUUUACCACAAUACCAUGAUAUCAGGCAUGUCUGUUAAUGAAACUGACCCUGCGAUAAAGGCCUCUGAUGAUAAAAUCCGUGACAAUGUAAAUCAGCCAAAGGCGCCUACACUAGCAUGGUCCAUCACAAUUCUCACUUUAGUUCUCUUGAUCACCUUCUUUUCACUGUUCAUAUUUUUCACUGACAAGAAAAAUCCUAAAGUUGCUGAAGUGAAGGAGAGCAAGAAAUGCGUUCACGAGUCUUCUGCAAGAAAUUAUACCACUGGGACUGAAGAUGAUAUAGAGAAAGGAGGGAAAGUUCAAGACCUUGUAUUCUUUGGUGAAAGACAGGAAAAAUUCACCAUGGACGAUCUCCUCACGUCAGCAGCUGAUCUCCAGGGCCGGAACAUCUAUAGCAGUCUCUACAAGAUUAGGCUAAAAAACAGUUCCAUUUUUGUUGUCAAGAGGUUGAAGAAUUUGCAUGUCUCAGGAGAUGAUUUCAAACAAAAAGUCAUGCGGAUAGGGAACUUGAAGCACCCUAAUCUCCUGCCACUUGUGGCUUGCCAUUCCUCAGACCAUGACAAGCUUUUAAUUUACCGAUAUCAAAACAGUGGAAGUCUCUCAUCCCUUUUCUCAAGCUACGUAGAACGUAAGGUGGACAUCCCAUGGAAAAAGAGACUAUCUAUCAUGAGUGGGAUUGCAAGGGGAUUAGACUACAUAGCCAGAGAGUUGGAUGAAGACUGUGCCCCUCAUGGGAAUCUAAAACCUUCCAAUGUUUUACUUGGUGAGACUGAAGAACCACUGAUAAGUGAGUUUGGAAUCUUGAAUCUUUUAUAUGGAAAGAGGGCACUACUGUAUUCAUCAUACGGGUAUAGAGCUCCAGAGAAAGAGUUGACAAAGAAAGCUGAUGUAUUUAGUUUUGGUGUCAUACUACUUGAAUUACUAACCGGGAAAAUAGUAGAGAAGAGUGGCAUUAACCUUCCGGGAUGGGUGAAGUCCAUGGUGAGGGAAGAAUGGACUGCAGAAGUUUUUGAUGCAGAGGUCAACAGAGUAGGAAAGCAAUGGGCAUUUCCAUUGCUCAAUGUUGCUCUGAAAUGUGUAUCCUACUUACCAGAGCACCGGCCGGAUAUAUCAGAGGUCUUGGAAAAGAUUGAACAUGUGGUUAAUUCAGAGGAAGAUCAUUCAAUUUCAUCCCCGUCUUCUGUAGAAUCCGACCAACAAGAUCACAUGGUUGUACCCAAGACAAGUGAAACUCCAGGAAAUUGA